UUCUUUAAGAACAAGAAUCUCCUUGCAGUAAAUCUCCUUUUAAAGAAACUGGAAAUGUUGUCUAAGGUUUCUCUGCUUCUCUUUAUCGCUGUUGCUGCAUCCGUAAAUGCGUUCUUAGUGCCCAACGGAGAAGAAGGUAAAAUGCACGUGCCUCAUCCAUAUGCUUUUGGCUAUACGGUGAAAGACAAGGGCAGUGAACAACAAAGAGAAGAGACUAGUGAUGGGAAUGGAGCUGUCAAAGGCAGUUAUGGAUUCACUGAUGAGAGAGGUGUUAAGCGCCAGGUCACUUAUAUUGCAGACAAAGGUGGGUAUAGGGCAGAAGUAAAUACCAACGAACAUGGAACAGCUGCUGUGGAUCCUGCUGCUGUCAAAAUGGUGUCCUCUGCCCAUCCUUACUUCGGGGGAGCUGGAGCUCACAUGGGACCAAUAGAAAUUCCUACAGGAGCAGUUUCGAAAGUUGCAGUGCCUAUGCCACAUGCUGGUGGUGCUGGGUAUGUAGGUGCAAAAUUCGGAGCAUACUGAAAGCAAUUUUAUAAGAAUUCCUAGGGACUCCUACAGAAAUAUAGAAUUCAAUGGUAAACCUUUGGUAUAAUUUGCAGAUACUGCAUCUGUGAUAUGUUCUUUUUUAGUUAUUGGUGUUUGUAAAUACUUUUUUGUCUUUACAUGGAUUUUUAGAUAAUGUGAAAAAGCCAUUUGUUAUCACA